CGUGUCUCAUCCUCCAAGCUCGCAUGGUAGGGACAGAAAGUACAACCGUUUGUGUGCAUAUAAAAAAAACCAGAGUCACCAUGAAUGCAAAUUGAAAUAGUUUCUAGUAAAAAAAAGCCGACCGUUCCAUGGAUUUGACGAGGGUGAGAGAAGUUUCAGUUCCGGUGAUUCCGGCAUUCGCUUGUGAGAAGGACUCAGAAGCAAUGCGUCGCCGUAGAGUCCUCAGAAAGUUUGAUAAAGAGUUAGCAAACCGAAAUUACAAAGCUGCUAACUCUCUGUUAAAGCAAUUACAGCACAAGCCCCGAGCCCUACUUUGCUUCGAUUCUGCCAAAUUGGUGCCUAAAAUAAUCAAUACACAAGAACUAUCUAUGGUUGAUUCAUCGUCUUUUGAAUCUUUAGUUGACACAAUUAUGUGUUCAAUCAAAUAUAGCAUCAAGUUUGCUCUAUCAGAUGAGGAGGUCUUAAUAACGGGAUUUGAGGAUGCUACUGGGAGUGAAACCGAUAAUUCCCCUUAUGAAGAUCAUCAAAUGUGUUUGCAACAUGAGGUGGGGCAUUUUUUGGUUGGUUACCUGGUCGGGGUCUUACCAAGAAGCUAUGAAGUACCUAGUCUACAAGAUGUAACACAGGACAAAUUUGCUCAAGGAAAUGUGCAGUUUCUUGGCUUUGAAUUUCUGAAAGAAGUUGAUAUUAAUACUAUAUCAAGCAAACGGUUUACCCAUGGCAAGCUAAAAAGCAAGGAAAAUAGGGCCAAAAUCUCAUCCCAGACUUUGAACAGGUUCUUGUGUGUGAUACUAGGAGGGUUAGCAGCAGAGCACCUGUUAUUUGGUUACUCCGAAUUACUUCACUCAGAUGUUCAAAAGUUGGACAGAGUGCUAAGGUGGUUAUGCUACAAUGAGAAUGAAGCCGACUCUCUGGUAAGAUGGGCUAUUCUUACCACUUUGUCACUAUUAAGUCAUCAUCACGAGGCUCGAUCAAGACUAGCAGAGGCCAUGACUUCAAGAAGAUCAAUUGGCUAUUGUAUUGAUAUGAUAGAGAGCACAUUGUGAGGCCAUGUUGUUUAGCCACUGACUAUGUCAACAAGUUCCCUUCUCAUUUUCUUGCAGCAGCAGAAAUGUCAGAAUACAUAGGAGGGGUUACCUAAAUAAUGUCUUUCUCUAAUCUCUCAAAGAGCAUCAGAAACUAAGUUACAUUCACCCUACUUGACAUCACCUGGCCCUGACUGCAGUGUUAUGGCCAAGUCCUUCAGAUAGAAGAAAAGAGCAAGUGAGGUCCACUGGUAUAGGUCAGGAGAUCAGAUGUAGGGGUUUUUGGUAUGAUUUUCCCCCCCAAUUUUCUCAUAUUUGGUUGAUUUAUAUGUUUUGGAAAAUAUUUUUCAAAUCAACUCAUUUUUCCUUUAAAGAUUAAGAAAAACAUUUUACAAAACUCGGCUCCCAUCUCAAGUUACAAUUUUUUUUACCCUGACCCUCAUUAAAAAAAAAUAAUCAACCAUUUAAAACAUUAUUUUUGAAAAAUAGUUCAAAUUUUAAAAUUUUGACUACCUCUACCCUCCCCCAUUUCUUUUCUUAAGUUAGUUUGUUUUUGAAUUUUUUUUUAAAAAAUUCAUUUUCUUCGACCCUUACCUCCCUACCAGCCCCAUUCCUCCCCAAUUUAAACUUUUUUUAAAAAUCAAUUUAAUUUUUUUUAUCCACCUCAUGUGAUACCUCGACCCCUUGAUCAUCCCUUGCCCUACCAUCCCCCACCCCCUCCCCGUUAUUUUUUUAAAGUUAGUUUUUGAAAAGAGUUUCAAUUAGAAUUUUUUAAUUUUUUACCCCACCACCCUACCCCUUAUCCCUUUCCCCAAAAAAUUGAAAAGUGUUAUGAAACUAUAGAAUAAUAAGAAGAAAGUAGAGAGAAGAAAAGAGUUAUUAUUUCUUUUAAGGGAUACUUUUACAAUGAAGAGAGCCCCUCUAUUUAUAGGGGAGAUCUAACUUGGUUCCCAAGUAAGACUCUUAACCAUAUCCUAAAAGGACUCCACAUGAAAGACAUUUACUAUAAUGCAAAUAUUUUAUAACACUCCCCCAGAAUGUCCAAUUCAUAAAUGACGAGCCUCGUAAAAAGCCUUACUAAAAAAAACUUUAAGAAAAGAAAAACUCUAGUGGAGGAAAAGAGUACACAUAUCUAUUAAUACACAUCUAGGCUGCCUCAUUAAAUAUCUUACAAGGAAAAUUCACUGGGACACAAACCUCGUAAGGGAAAAAGAGUACAACGUGCAUUAAUUCCCCCUAAUGAGAACAUCAAUCUAGAGACUUUAAUCUUCGUAUUUCAAGCUUGUGCACCAUCUUAAUGAAAGUUGCAGUUGGUAGAGACUUGGUGAAUAAGUCGGUCACAUUGUAACUUAAAAGAAUCUGUUGCACAUUAAUAUCACCAUUCUUUUGGAGUU